AUGUUUAUGAAGUUGGUGCUCGUGCUGUGUGCAGCGGUCCUCCCGCUGCAGCAGUCCGCUGCCCUGCCGUUCAACGGUACCCACCCGACCUUCCCUAACAGCACCCACCCGACCUUCCCUAACAGCUCCCAUCCCCCAAUUCUCAAUGGCACCUGGCCAGGCGUCUUCAAUGGCACCCGCCCCGUUGUCCUCAACGAGCGGGACGAUUACAACCUCCAACACAUCAUGAUCGGCUGCAACGACGACCACUGCGCCAUCAAAGACGUGAUUGUCGACGCCAAUGGCCCGAAGUACUCCCACACAUGCCCACGGAUGGCGCUGGCCGCAAAGGCCAACUACCUCGAAUUCUGCGAGGAGAAGAGGGACGGCAUGUGCCUGACGCCCAUCAACACUCCUAAGUGGCCUGAGAUAACUUGGUGCUGCGGCGACUGGGUGUAUGUCGAGGAUCCGUACUACCAGGAUUAUCCCACAAUGCGCGAUCCAGAGACGGGCGAAGAAGUCCCCCUCGCGACGGGUGAAGAGCUCUACGUGUGGCCUUCCCCGAACGACUACCUCAAAGUCGACCAGGUGUGGGAGGAUCAUCCGGACUGGCUCUUCCGCCAGGUGAUCAAGCCCAACGCGUGGGAGUUCAAGGUCGAACUGCCCGUGUGCGGGCUCUGGAUGCCGCAGACGGAGCCGCAGUUUCAGUACUUCAUGCAGAAUCUCCGCUCGACAUAUCACAUCGACGAGGUUAAGGAGACGGAGGACUCCAACGUGGAUGCGGUCGGGCCACCAAACGAUCCGUAG